AUGUUCAAAAAGCUUCUUUUGAAAGAAAAUGGAGACUAUCACGUCAUUGAACCCAACAUGACCACAAAGAAUGUCAUUCAACAAAUUUGUGAAUGUAAUCCUCCCAUUCGAGUGUUAUUGGACGUAGGAGCUCUCAUGUUGGAGAUGAGCAAUGAAGAAAUAGCUUUGGAAUGGUUACGCCAAAUUCCUAAAGACAAAGGCAUUGAUGCCUCUGUAUUUUUUAAUGAGGAAGAUAGAAUCAUGGUACUCGAUCGAAAUGGUAUCAUUACUCCACUCGAGUUGUCACCUUAUAAAAACUCAUUAGAUAGAUGUGUUACGUAUUUGGACGAUAUACAUACACGAGGAACUGAUCUCCGAUUUCCUGCAGCAGCAAAGGCCGCUGUUACUUUGGGACAAGGUGUCACCUUUGAACGAUUGUCACAAGCAUGUAUGCGAAUGAGAUUAUUUGGAAAGGGACAGACUGUUGCAUUUUGGGCCUCAAAAGAAGUCGACACAAAUCUUUGUUCCUCUCAGUAUGACUCGUGUAAAAACAUUCAAGAGAAAAUUGUCAAGUGGUCAAUUUCUAAUCGAAUUAGUAUGGAACAAGAACAUUAUUUACAAUGGGCAACUAAUGGCUUACUAUUCUCUAUUAAGCAAUCUGCGAAAUUAAGAAUGAAAGCAAAAGAUGAUGACUUUUUAGCAUACAUUGAGAUGCAAUCUGCGAAAUUAAGAAUGAAACAAACAGAUCAUACCUUAAUAGAAUACAUUAAGAGAUGCAAAGAAGAUGAGAUUACUAAAUUACAACUUUUUUAUGGAAAUGAAAGAAAAUUACAAACGAUUGCAGAAAUAUUUGAUAAACGAUUGGUCAACAUGAAACAAGACUAUGAUGAACAACACUCAGAAUUUGCAGAAACAAUUUCCAAAAUCAAGAGCAAUAUACAAUCUCGAAUGAAUGACAAGAAAUUUUUUUCACAACUCUUAAACGAGGAACAAGAACGAGAACUGGAACAUGAAUUGGAAUUGGAAAAACAAGUGGAAAGACCUCCGCUACAAAAGGCUGCCGAGAACAUCAUCUCACCUGAUGUACAGAUGUUUUUCGUUCGUGGAACCAUUCCAUGCUUUUCAACAAAUAUUCAUUCAUUAGAACAUGCCUUUGAAAAGACAAGUUUGUCCAAUACUUGCAUCCAAUCAUGCUGGAAACCAGUGCUAUAUGCAAGCAAAGAAUUCAUAGAGGUUGUUAUUGAACACCUAUUGGUCAAACCGAAACAUGAUGACUAUAUGACACCAUUGACAUGGAUUGCUUGCUCUAAACAUAAUCCCAACAUUGCAUUAAUAUUGAGUCCCUUUGAAGCCAAUUACUUCAUUCAGAGAAUCACUCCAAAAUCACCUGUGCGGUUGUACAUGUUUUGCCCAAGAUUGAGACCUCAAAGUCGAAUGUUAUUUGAUGAAUAUCAAUUUUGUACUCCAUGUACUCCUUUGACAAAUUCAGAACGAGAAUUUUCUCAAUCUCUAUGCACUGAUUUGCAUGUUUUUUCUGGAUCGCUAUAUUUUGGCAACUUGAAAGAACAGCAAGAAUUGUGUGAUUUUAUUGGAAUUCGACCAAAACCCUAUGAAACGGCUGCUGAACAAGAAGCAUUUGAGAAGGGUGAUAUUAAUGAGUUUGGUCAUAUCCACCGUGAAAGCAAUUAUUUUUCGAUGGAGUUGGAAUCGAAAUGCAGAUUCAAGAUACAACAUCCUGUGGAAGAAUUUAGAAAGUUAUUGAUCAUUAGGGACAAAGCUUCUCUUUUUGAAAUUUCUCAUAUGGCCAACAUUUUGGUUAAGAAUCAAAAGAUACAAGAUCUUGAGCAAUAA